AUGCUGGAGGUGGUGCCCCUAGAGAUGCGAAGGAACAGAAGCCGCUCAAGGAGCAGCCAGCGCAGCCGACGCGGCCGCAGGCAGAAGCAGGAGGCUGCGGUCAGACAAGCGGCAUCAUCGAUCAUGGGAGGAGGAACGGCAGCCGAGAUGUGGAGCAACACGCACAGAAGGCUCUUCCAGUGGCACCACAUGCAGGUGCAGCGUCUUUGCCAAGGACAAUAUCCGCAGCAGGAGGAGCGCGAGCAGUGCCUGGAGGAGAGCUCCACUUCCGAAGCCGAAGAGGAGGCGGAGACGGCAGCUGCGGCGACAACCAUCGACGAGGAAUACUUGCAGUUCCUGGCAGUGACACUCAGGCAUCAGCAGGAGCUAAAGCAACGACGUGCUGCCGCAUCGAUAUCCACACCAGACUCAACCUUAGAUUUAGUUUAG